AUGUCCACUUUUACAUUUGGCUUCGCAGGGGAGGAUAUUGAAGAUCCCGAUCUCGAGGUCGACGAGCCUGAUGCUAGUGUAAGUGCUGGUAUCCGCGAGCUAGGCAUGACAGAUGACCCUACCCAUGGCAAUGCGCAAGGGCAAAAGCAAGAACAUGUGGGAGUUCUGAGUGAAGCAAGCUACUGUCAGCUUGAUGAGAUGCUUGCCACACUUCCCUCUCAAAUAUCAUACAGCAUGCUGCCGAUAAUUUCCCAAUCAUCUUCUCUAGGAUGUCCGGGCCUUACAAUCCCACGACGGGAAGUCUUCGACAUUCGCGCCCAACUGAUGGCAGAAGAUGAUGUGGCUUCCAACGAAAAUGCAAAGUUAAUAUUUGGACUGGAAAAAGAAGAUAUCAAACCAACUGUAUAUGAGGGCGGCUUGAAGACGUGGGAGUGCGCUAUUGACCUGGCUAAGUUGCUUGCUGUCGAGGAGAUGGAUUCUCUCCUAUCAGAAACAGCGAAAGAGGACGCUGAGGAUAUCCAAAUAAUAGAGCUUGGAGCUGGAACUGCCAUACCGUCCCUUUCCAUUUUACAUCACAUCCUUUCACAACCUCCCCCACUGAGUCCGCCUCACAGGACUAUCCGUUUUGUUUUUGCGGACUACAAUGCUGCCGUGCUACGACUGGUUACUGUUCCAAAUAUACUCCUCACGUGGCAUACUUGCCGCAGCCGCUUGCACCAACCCAAAAACCUCGUGGAGAAUGUCCACCCUAACCCUGAAAGCCGAAACGACAUCUAUUAUAGCUUUAAUCAUAAUGAAAAGCCAAAUAAAGUAGCAGACAAUGACGAACAACCUGACCUAGACCUGGAUAUCGACCCUGCCCUCAUCUCCUCUUUCCAGGAUGAUCUACGGGCUCGUGGUAUAUCUCUAUCGUUCAUCUCAGGCGCUUGGUCACCUGCUUUUGUAGAACUAGCCUUAGCAACACACCCCCAAACACCAGAUGCAUCAGCGCCAUCCCCAAAGAAAUCGAAGCUCCUAAUUCUGGCUAGCGAAACAAUCUACUCUCCCUCCUCCAUCCACCCAUUCUCGGAAACUCUACUUACCCUCCUCCAUCGAGGGGCAUCCGGUUCUGCCUCCGCAUCUGAGGCGGCUCCAACUGGAGUUGAUUCUCCGUCAGAAUCUAAAUUUAAGGCGCUAAUCGCUGCGAAGAAAGUAUAUUUUGGCGUCGGGGGUGGGAUUGAAGAGUUUUUGGAUGUUAUGAGGGAUGUUACGCGCCGGCAGGGGGCUGAGAGUGAUGGUGAUGGAUUUUUUGUGAAAGAGAGGGUUGAGGUUAAGGAUAAGGGGGUUGGAAGGGUGGUGUUGGAGGUUGGGGUUUGA